AUGUCGGCGUACCCAGACCAGACCCAGCAGAGUACAGUCGACGAGCACCUCAACUUCACCAGAGAUCCCUACAUGAGAGGGUACGCGACUGCGGACGGACCUGAACUGACGGUCUCGGAGCUCGUGGACGACCAGAACUUUCCAUCCUUCUCCGAGGUAAUGGAGGGGGGCGAAGCCGUGCAGCGGGUAGUUGCCAAGCUCUGGCGUGCCAUUCAGCGUCGGCUGGCCAAUCCCUACAAGACGGACAUAGACUACAUUUACCACCUGUACCGGAGGCUGCCGGAGCCGCGGAUAUCGUAUCUGCAUUCGAGGAUCCGGCACCACCUCAUGAAGGUCCUCGGCCGGGAGGAGAGGACACAUACCUCCAUGCUGCGCUAUUUCGCCGUGGUUGAUGACAUCCAACGAAGUGGUAUGCGCCUGACCCGGACAGAAUGGAACUUGGCGCUCUCCUUCGCUGGCCGCUACGUCGGACACUCAACCGACACCGAGGUGGCUUCCGCCCUACGCCUGUGGAAAGAGAUGGAGACCGAGGCCGGGGUCAAGGGCAAUGCCGCCACCUUCAACACCCUUUUCGACGUGGCCUCUAAAGCAGGCAAUUUUGUCUUGGCAGAGAUGCUCUACAAGGAGAUGGAGAAGCGUGGCUUCCGGUACAACCGCUACCACCACGUUUCUUUGAUUCAUUUCUUCGGAUUGAAGAUGGACAGUGAUGGCAUCCGCGCCGCGUACAAGGAAAUGGUCGAGGCGGGCGAGAUGAUUGAUACCGUCGUCUUGAACUGCGUCAUUGCAGGUUUCCUGCGGUGUGGUGAGGAGUGGGCAGCCGAAAGCGUGUACGAGAAGAUGAAGUCGGCGCAUGCGAGGGCACCGGAGAUGCCCUUUCGCAAUUAUAUGAACGACAAAGUCAUAUCCAAGGUGUUGAUCAUGUUCGCAUCUAUUUCCAAGAAAGCCGCCGCCGAAGACGACGAUGGGAGCGCGGGAGACGGGGGAAGUUUACGCCGCCACUUCCAGAAGGUUUCCCCCAUCGUGCCCGACAUACAAACAUACCGCGUCCUACUCAACCACUAUGCGCUGCGCACCUCGUCUCUGGACAAAGUAGCACACUUCCUCGACGACAUGAAAUGGUUCCAGGUUCCCCUCCACGGCGCCGUGUUUCUCGCGCUUUUCAAAGGAUUUGCAUUCCACGGCGGCCGCAAGGGCCAACAGUGGAGCCCUGAACGCCUCAACAACGUUUGGAAGGCCUUCAAAUCCGCCCUGUCCGAGAACGCAAAUGAUCUGUACGUUGAUUACUGGAUGGCCAAAUGGAUCCUGCAGGCGUUCCGGCAGUGUCAUCCCCCAGAAAGGACGGCAAUCCGGGAUACGGGCAUGUAUGGCAGGACGGAGCGAGGUGGCUGGAGGAAGUGGUGA